UAGGCAUUUUUGGGUGACAGAGUACAUACCCAAAUGCUGGAGGGAGGAUCAUGCUCUUUGUGGGAGGAGCUUGCAGUCAGGGACCUGGGAUGGUAGUGAAUGAUGACCUUAAGGACCCCAUCCGAUCUCAUCAUGACAUCGAUAAGGACAACGCCAAGUACCUGAAGAAGGCUACAAAGCACUAUGAAUCCCUAGCUGGGAGAGCUGCAACAAAUGGGCAUGUUGUUGAUAUUUACUCCUGUGCCCUGGAUCAAACUGGACUCCAUGAGAUGAAGUCUUGUCCCAACUCCACUGGGGGACACAUGGUGAUGGGAGAUUCCUUCAACUCCUCCCUCUUCAAGCAGACAUAUCGCAUGGUGUUUGCCAAGGAUCAGAACAAUGAGUUCAAGAUGGCCUUCAAUGCACAGAUUGAGGUGAAGACAUCAAGGGAAUUGAAAGUGUGUGGAGCCAUUGGGCCAUGUAUCAGCAUGAACAUUAAGGGGACAUGUGUCUCAGACAAUGAGAUGGGGAUUGGUGGAACAUGUCAGUGGAAACUCUGCUCUCUCUAUCCUAGUUCCACCAUUGCCAUCCUCUAUGAAGUUGUCAACCAGCAUGGUGCUCCAAUACCACAAGGAGGGAGGGGCUGCAUUCAGUUCAUCACUCAGUAUCAGCAUUCCUCAGGGCAGCGGCGGGUCCGAGUCACAACCAUUGCUCGCAAGUACGUCUUUCUCUACCUAUUUGAAGUUUGCUGGGCAGAUGCAGGGACGCAGAUGUCACACAUUGCUGCUGGAUUUGAUCAAGAAGCGGCAGCUGUGAUUAGUGGUCGCCUGGCUGCCUUCCGUGCUGAAUCAGAAGAGGGCCAGGAUGUCCUCCGUUGGGUGGAUCGCAACCUUAUACGACUUUGUCAGAAGUUUGGAGAGUACAACAAGGAUGAUGCAGCAAGCUUCCGUCUAUCUGAGGCAUUCUCUCUAUACCCACAAUUCAUGUUCCAUCUCAGGCGUUCCCAGUUCAUGCAGGUCUUCAACAACAGCCCUGAUGAAACCUCAUUUUAUAGGCACAUGCUGAUGCGGGAAGACACAAUGAACAGCCUGAUUAUGAUCCAGCCAAUCCUCUACAGCUACAGCUUCAAUGGGCCUCCAGAGCCAGUGCUCCUUGAUACCUCCUCCAUCCAGCCUGAUCGCAUCCUCCUCAUGGACACCUUCUUCCAAAUCCUUAUAUUUAAUGGAGAGACAAUAGCACAAUGGAAGGCCCAGGGGUACCAUGAGCUGCCAGAGUAUGAAAACUUCCGUCAGCUACUCCAGGCUCCAGCUGAUGAUGCCCAAGAGAUCCUCCAGACCCGUUUCCCCAUGCCUCGAUACAUUGAGACUGAACAAGGUGGCUCUCAGGCUCGGUUCCUUCUGUCAAAGGUGAACCCGUCUCAGACACACAACAACAUGUAUGCCUAUGGACAGGUGAGUCCUGCGACAUCUCUUUUACAUAAUCUUUUCCAUGCAUGGAACAAGUGUCCAGUUGCACACUUGAGUAAAGCCAGUUUCAGAUGAGGCUAUUUUUUUCAUGAUGAGAGCAAGGUAGAGUAAGAAAUACCAAUUUUAUAGAGUGAUCUUCCAGUGAUGAGCUAUUGUUUAAUUGCUUGUCAUUUGCUCCAUAUGAAAGGGGCAGUCAAUUCCCCUUGACUUUUCAAGCUCUCUUCUUGCUUGUUAACUGCCCUGUGCAUUGGGACUGUGCAACCAUGGAAAUCUAUCAAGUCCAAUUUAUCAGCUCUUCAUGAAGCACUAUUGGAAUUUUUCCAGAAUUGCUUCAUCUGGAACAGGCUGUUUCAUAUAUGUUAUCUUACCCUUGUGAAACACUGCAAGAUGUACUGCAGCUCAAUUCAAGCUUUUGCACCAAUGUCCAAAAUUAAAAAAUGUUGACUGGGAAGUGUCCCCUGUGCAGGUUGGGCCAUAAAUAUUCAUGUCAAACCUAAUUCUUGGAUUUCAUUAUCUACUAAUAAUUUCUCAUAGAAUCCACUGAAUUUUAACAAGACACAAUGACUUACUAUAACUACUCUCUAAAUAUUUUCAAAGAAUCCCCAUUCUUCUUGAUGGCAACUUGCAAUCUUCAAGUCUGCUGGUCAAUUACUAUGGAUGGACAUGGUUCCACUUCUGCUUCAGCACCAGCCCCAGCCUUGAGUGAUUCACGUUGCCAUUUUCUGUUUGUGGACACCUUCUUCCAGCAGACUCCACUUACAAUAAUAUUUUGAAUUACAGUCACAAUUAUAAUGGAGCCAUUUAUGUUAGUUAUUAAUUACUGCUACAUGGUCUGCAAGACAAGUUUUUGAGCAUCAAGCCUAGUGACUCAGAAAAGGAGUCAGAGAAGGAGAUUGACCACAUUGGCUGGCACAUAUAGAUACCAUCUUUUUUUCUUUGCUUAUCUUGGGCAUGC